CUGAAAAUAGUGUCACAUUUGGUUUUGUCUUGGAAUAGUGGAAAUCGUGUGCCUUGUAAAAAUGUUAAAACUGUAUUACCUAGCGGCUUUACUAGUAUGUGCAUCAAGCGAUCACAUCAACAAGAAUGCUCAAAUAACGAACUGGGCAAAUGGUUUGAAUGCUGAUGGUACAUACCAAUACGGCUAUGAAACAAGCAAUGGUAUUUUUGUACACGAAACCGGCAUUGGUGGACUUGGAUCUCGUGGCUCGGCUUCGUGGUUUUCACCAGAUGGUCAACCGUUUCAACUUCAAUGGACUGCUGAUGAACGCGGCUAUAAUCCAGUUGGCAACCAUUUGCCCACACCGCCACCGACACCGGACUAUGUUCUGAACACAUUAGAGCUCAUUAAACAGAACCAACCAAAUUACGAUAUCUUAAGAAACAUUAUUAGUGCAAAGCAACGAUAAAUUAUUCAUUUUAUUUAAAUAUUUAUCAUUAGGUAAUUAAUUAAGUAAUUUAACUUCAACGUAUUUAUGUAACGAAAAUAAAGAUGAAAUGCAUCCCUUA